UUUACGGCCCGUCGCCCACGGCGGCCGCGGUUACCGUGGGGACGGGGCUUCGGUGGUAACUGUAACUAGGAAGCCUGCGGAGACGGCGGCCGCAGCGACAGGUCCAGGAGGUGGCCCGGGGUCCGUGCGGCGUCUACCGAGGACCGGUGUGAGCGCGCUCUAGGAAACUCUGCAGAGGACAAUGUCAGAUGCAGAAGAAAACCCACUAGAAAAAACAGAAAAAGAUGGAGGAACAGAAAUGGAAGAAGAAGAGGAAGAAGAAGAAGAAUAUAAUCCAGAUUAUCUAAAGGAAGAAGAUAUGCAGCAGGAAUUAGAAGAAGACACAUUAGCAGGGAAAGAGUCUCAGGAGGAGGAGGAUGCAGAAGAAACGGAGGAACAGGCUCCAGCAGCCGAGGAGGAGGAGGAUGCAGGAGAAGAAAUGGAGGAAGAAGUUCUAGCAGCCGAGGAGGAGGAGGAUGCAGGAGCGCAGGAAGAAACCAGAGUGGGAAGACUUUUGUUAACUGAUUCCCUGUUAGCCAUGUCAGGAACUUUCCCACAUUCAUUACAACCAGAGGCUUCCAAGUUUUCAAGAGGCCUGAGUUUACAAUCUGAAUUUCUUAAUUUGGAUCAAAACGGUCUUGACAAACAACAGAGUAGUUCCCCUGAAAAGCAGCCCUCAGGUGAGCUUGAGGGGACAACCGGCCAGAAGCCGGAAGAUGAACCAGGACAAGAGAGAACACGGGAACCAGGAAAGGGAGAAUGGAGAAAAAAAAGGAGUGUGUCAUACUCCAAAUCAGAAGAAGAAAAAGGAUUCCAGCCCAAAGCGGAGAUCCAAAAGGAGUCACUGGUAUCCACCACCACAGAAGACAGUUUGUUUCAGAAGGAUGACAGUGACAGUGUGUACCCCUUGUCCAUGACUUGGUCAUUUGGAUGGAACAGUUCUCUUCCUGUUUUCUAUCUUCGAGAUGAAGCACAGAGAGUUCUGCUGUACAUCUGUGCACACACGGCGGUCAUCUACGACGUUUUCAAGAAUGACCAGCGCCACCUUCAGGGCCAUCCUAAUGUUAUCUCCUGCCUUUGCAUCAGUGAAGACAGACGGUGGAUCGCCACUGCCGACAAAGGGCCGAACUGCCUGAUAAUUAUAUGGGACUCCUUCUCAGGGAUUCCUGUGCACACAAUAUUUGAUAGCUGCCCCAAAGAUAGUGGCAUCAGGGCAAUAGCCAUCACCCGUGAUGCCAAGUAUCUGGCCACCAUCUCAGAUGCUGAAGUCCAGCAAGUUUGCAUCUGGAAGUGGACUUUAGCUGUGGAGACGCCCGCGUGCACCCUGGACCUUAACAAAGAGUAUGGUUUCCAGAACUACCUUAGCUUUAAUCCAGCAAAUAAUAGAGAAUUGGUGAGCAAUAGUAAAACACAGGCAAUAUAUUAUUCAUGGCAGGAAGAGAGAAAUAUACUUGCUCACAGUGCUCCACUUUUAACAGAAAAAACAUUCAACAAGCUCGUGGGAAAAUUUAGUCAGUCUGUCUUUCACCUGAAUUUAACACAAGUCCUCUCGGCAACAAUGGAAGGGAAGCUGGUUGUCUGGGACAUACACCGUCCACCGCCAUCUGCCUCCUCCCCUUUGGGAUUUCCCUAUAUCAAACCUUGUAAACUGGUUCAUUUGCAGAAAGAGAGCAUCACUGUGCUCACAACAGUUGAUAGCUAUAUUGUCACCGGUGACAUUAGGGGCAACAUAAAGUUCUACGAUCACACCCUGUCCAUUGUCAACUGGUAUAGCCAGUUCAAACUGAGCACCAUAAGAUGCCUGUCCUUUUCAAAGACCCCACCAGCUCCUCCUACAGAAAAAUCUGACUUUCCUCCAGACUGUACUUUAAAAGGUGAAUCAUUUAUUGUAAGGAAUUUUAUCAUUGGGACAUCUGACGCAACGGUGUACCACUUAACAACAGAUGGGACCAAACUCGAGAAGUUAUUUGUAGAGCCCAAAGGUGCCAUUUGUGCCAUCGCCUGCCACCCAUACCAGCCCUUCAUUGCUAUCGGGAGUCUCUGCGGGUUGAUCAAAGUGUGGAAUUAUGAAAAGAAAAGCUACCUUUUCAGCAGGGUCUUUGAGAAGGGGCUCGGAGUCCAGUGCCUGACCUACAACCCUGAAGGAGUCCUUCUUGGAGUUGGCUUCACAGAGGGAACAGUUUACAUUCUCGAUGCAAUGUCCUUAGAAAACGGAAGCCCACAGCCUUUCAAAUAUUCCAGAACCAAUGUGAUUCAUAUAAGUUUCUCCCAUGACUCCCAGUAUAUGGCAACUGCUGAUGUAAGUUUCACUGUGGCAGUUUACAAGGUGAUGGUUAAAAAUGGACAAAGGGUCUGGGAAUAUUUAGCAAGACUUCGUUCUCAUCACAAAAGCAUCCAGAAUCUCCUGUUUGGGGUUCAUCUGGACAGCAAUGAAACUAGGCUGCUGAGCCUUGGAAAAGACAGACUUUUGAUAGAGUAUGAUCUUCCCAAGAGCUACAAAGACCACCUGGAAGUCCUGGACAUUCACCAAACAGACCAGGGCUGCUACCCCACCUGUAUGGUCUGGUACCCGCCACUCACCAGGGAACUGUUCCUGCUCAUUUGCAACAGUGGCUACAAAAUGAAACUUUUUAAUUCUAUCACAAAAAUGUGCAGAAAGACACUUCUUGGACCAACAUAUGGUUCUCCCAUUGAACAGAUACAAAUCCUCCCAGUGAAAACCGCUAGUGAACUGCAGAAACGCUACUUGGUGUUUAUGAACAAAGACAAGGUUGGACUUCAGAUCUUACCAGUUGAUGGCAACCCACAUAAGACCACUUCUGUUGUUUGCCACCCAGACGGGGGCGCUGGAAUAACCGUUUCCUAUGAUGGGUGCUGUAUCUUCACAGCAGGGGGAGCUGAUCGCUCGGUAGUGCAGUGGAAAGUUAACUUAAGCGCGCUGGAGGCAGCCGUUUCUCUUGGGGGCGAAGAUUUGACCCCAUUCUAUGGUCUGGUGACUGGUGGCAGGGAAGGAAAAUUCUACAGGGAGCUGGAAGACUAUUUUUACUAUUCUCAGCUCCGCAGUCAAGGUAUUGAUACGAUGGAGAGUAGAGCGGUGUCGCAACACAUCUGCCUGUCAGAGCUUCCUUUUGUCAUGAGAGCAAUUGGCUUUUACCCAUCCGAAGAGAAGAUUGAAGAUAUGUUUAAUGAAGUCAAGUUUGGUGAGUAUGUGGAGACUGGAAAGAUCGUUGACAAAAUCAACUUACCAGAUUUCCUCAAAAUUUACAUCAACCACAGGCCACCUUUUGGUAACACCAUGAGUGGCAUCCAGCACAGCUUUGACGUUCUUGGUUUUACCAAUUCAGAAGGAAAAAAGGUUAUCCGAAGAGAGGACUUCCUGCAACUGCUUCAAACUAAAGGCGAGCACAUGACCCAGGAGGAGAUGUCCGAUUGCUUUGCCACACUGUUUGGCUUGAAUCCGGAAGGGUGGAAAUCUGAGCCUGCAACCUCCUCUUUCAAAGGUGCAGAAAUUUGCCUUGAAGAAGAACUUCCCAAUGAAAUCACUGCAGAAAUAUUCACAACCGAAAUUCUUGGCUUAACCAUUUCAGAAGAUUCCGGACAAGAUCAUAUGGUCAGCGGAGUGUAAGGAAUGUUUGAAGCACAAAGGACUUUGUGUUUUUGUUGCUUUUUUUUUUCCUAAGAGGCACUGCUUUUCCUGUGUUU